AUGGGUCUCACAUUCUCGCGUCUGUUCGACCGUCUCUGGGGAAAGAAGGAGAUGAGAAUUCUCAUGGUCGGUCUCGAUGCCGCCGGAAAGACCACCAUCCUCUACAAGCUGAAGCUCGGUGAAAUCGUCACUACCAUCCCCACAAUCGGUCCGUGUCCUCCUCCAUUGCUCUCCACUGUCGAGUACAAGAACAUUCAGUUCACCGUCUGGGAUGUCGGCGGUCAAGACAAGAUCCGUCCCCUCUGGAGACAUUACUUCCAGAACACCCAGGGUAUCAUCUUCGUCGUCGACAGCAACGAUCGUGACCGUGUCGUCGAGGCUCGUGAGGAGCUGCAGCGCAUGCUCAACGAGGACGAGCUGAGAGAUGCUCUCCUCCUGGUCUUCGCCAACAAGCAGGAUCUUCCUAUCACCGACAAGCUCGGCCUGCACAGCUUGAGACAGCGCGCCUGGGGUCUGGAAUGGUUGAGCAACUCGCUCCGCAAGGCUGGUCACCAGUAG